AUGUGUAAAUGGGUGUUACUCGUUCUAUGCUUUGCACUCCUAAAUGUCCUUGGAACAGAGUGUAAAAAUGUUGUUUCUUCAUUUUUAUCCUAUUUGAAUUCAAAAAUAAAUUCUACAAGUGAAAUAUCAAAACUAGUACAAAUGGGGGAUACAUUGGCAUGUCUUGUCAGUAAAGAAAAUAACAAUUCGAACAAUGAAUGUUCUUGUUCAUUUAAAAAGCUGAGCGAUUUUGAAAAGAAAUGUUCUUCCAAUUUUAAAAAAAAUGAAGGAGCUAAAAAUUGUUCUGAGGAACGUUGUGAAAUUUGUUGCAAUUUAAUGAAUUCAAACAACAUAACAAAUUCUAUAUUGGACUCUGAAUUUUUUUGCAAAAAAAAAUGUGCCAGAUCUAGUAUUAUUUUAAAUUUGAAUGAAGAUGAUUAUAAAUUAGUUUUUAAAAAGUUAAUUGAAUUUAUUCGUAUUUUUUAUCCUUCUAAUGUAUUAAAUUACUAUCCUAUUCAAAAAAAAAUUCCAACGAAUUACACGAAUAGGCUAAUAGACACAAAAAAUCAAAAAAUUUUAGAUGAUCUAAAAGAAGAGCCAAACACGAUAAAUCACGAAAAUGUAGAAAAACAUACAACGUCGAUAGGAGCAGAUGAUUUGGAAGAAUUGUUUUCACCCUAUGAUGAAAGCUAG